AUGACAAACGACAAGAAUACCCUCGUCUACCUCGACAUCGAGAUUGGUGACCAAGAGUUCAAGGCCACCUCAUGGGAUCUCUAUCGCCGAGGACAGGCAUUCUUCACAACACACGGCUCGCUCUACGGAUACUCUGGCCGAUCCCUCCAAGAACUCGAACCCGAAGACCUUCAAAACCUCCAAGAGAUCUACGACUCUAUCCCAGUCCUCACUCAAGGCGGCUCCAUCACCCUCACACAACCCGUCCCCCUCCCUGGUGGCCGCCUCAUCCUCUCCCUCGACACCGCAGGAUGCCCCAAAACCUGUCAAAACUUUCUCAAUUUCAUUGAAUCGACCUAUACCGCAAAAGUCCAAGAAGCCACCUAUGUCAACACCCGGUUCUUCAGGCUCGUCAAGGACCAUAUCCUGCAGGGAGGGGAUUUCACGAAGAAUAAUGGAGCAGGGGGUCAUUCGUCGUUGCCGAGUAUCGAGAACCCGAAGCCGUUUGCGGAUGAGCGACAUGGGUUGAGGAAGGGGGCGUUCAAGAAGGCGGGAGUGUUGGCGAUGGCUAACCGGGGGAAGAACACAAAUGGGUCGCAGUUCUUUUUGACGCUGGGCGAGGGGCCUAGGUGGACCAAGGCGUUGGAGGGGGGGUAUGUUGCCUUUGGAGAAGUUGUUGAGGAUUCUGGUGAUUCAACAGGAGCGGGAGGAGAGGAUGGGUCGUCGCCACGGGACUCGAGCGGGCAUGAGAUCUGUGUGGACGGGUUUGCGCUGUUGGACAAGUUGAACAAGAUCCCAACGGACGAGGAGGAGAGACCUAUCCAGGCCAUUACCGUCAUUGGAUGUGGGCGUCUCCAAUAG